GAGAAUGUGUGAGCUACCAUCCAAUACUCUUGGUAUGCUUAAAGACUAUAAUAAUGAAAUAUUGGAAUAGAUAAGUUGACUCUAUGAGGACUAAAGCUGUUGUUAAUUCCCAAGGCCAGACUGGUUAUCUGACAAAGAAUUCAGAUCAAGAUGUAGCACUCAGACUUGCCCAGGAGAGAGCGGAAAUAGUUGCUAAAUAUGACAGAGGACGAGAAGGUGCAGAUAUUGAACCUUGGGAAGAUGCUGACUACCUUGUCUACAAAGUCACAGAUAGAUUUGGCUUUUUACAUGAGGAGGAGCUCCCCUAUCAUAAUGCAGUUGUGGAACGGCAAAAGCACCUGGAAAUUGAAAGAACUACCAAAUGGUUGAAAAUGCUAAAAGGAUGGGAGAAAUACAAGAACACUGAAAAGUUUCAUAGGAGAAUUUAUAAAGGAAUUCCACUUCAGCUCAGAGGUGAAGUCUGGGCUCUACUUCUGGAGAUACCUAAAAUGAAAGAAGAAACAAGAGGUCUUUAUAGUAAAUUAAAACACAGAGCACGGGGUUGUUCACCUGAUAUCAGACAAAUAGACCUUGAUGUCAACCGCACAUUUAGGGAUCAUAUUAUGUUUAGAGACAGAUAUGGUGUUAAGCAACAAUCUCUAUUCCAUGUUCUUGCUGCAUAUUCUAUUUAUAAUACGGAGGUUGGAUACUGUCAAGGAAUGAGCCAGAUCACAGCUUUGCUCCUUAUGUAUAUGAAUGAAGAAGAUGCCUUCUGGGCCCUGGUCAAACUGUUCUCAGGCCCUAAACACGCCAUGCAUGGCUUUUUUGUUCAUGGUUUUCCUAAACUCUUGAGGUUUCAAGAACAUCAUGAAAAAAUACUGAAUAAAUUUCUGUCCAAGCUUAAACAACACUUGGAUACUCAAGAAAUCUACACAAGUUUUUAUACAAUGAAAUGGUUUUUUCAAUGUUUCCUUGAUCGUACUCCCUUUACACUAAAUCUCAGAAUAUGGGAUAUCUACAUCUUUGAAGGAGAGAGAGUUCUCACUGCUAUGUCUUAUACAAUCUUAAAAUUACAUAAAAAACAUCUAAUGAAACUGUCCAUGGAAGAACUUGUUGAAUUUCUUCAGGAGACCUUGGCAAAGGAUUUUUUCUUUGAAGAUGACUUUGUCAUAGAGCAACUUCAGAUUUCCAUGGCAGAACUAAAAAGGGCAAAAUUAGAUCUUCCAGAACCUGGUAAAGAAGAUGAAUAUCCAAGGAAACCACUGGGGCAACUUCCACCUGAAUCUCAAUUUGCCAACAUAAGUCUAGUGAGCAAUGGACAGAGAAAUGUUGGCAGGUCAAGUCCCCAUACUAGUGGCAGAAGAGAAAGUGGCUCAUCACCUCACAAAAAACAUGAGUAUUCACCUCACCAUCACAGUCGAACUGGUACUCCAGAACAAGUAAGGCAACCAAGACAGAAAUCAGUGGAGGAGGACAGUAAAAAGCUUAAAGAUGAGGCAGUCUUUCCAAGAAAACUUCAGUCAGGUGCACAAACCGAUUCCAGGCAAUAUAACCAUGCAGCUGCUAAUCAAAAUAGCAAUGCUACUUCAAACAUCAGGAAGGAAUUUGUACCCAAAUGGAAUAAACCAUCUGAUACUUCAGCUAUUGAAAAAACGGCCAAAUAUGCCAUGGAAGGCAAAAGUAGAUUAGCACAUCCCACACUGACCGUUACCAUACCAAGUUCGACUGAUCCUCAGCUAUCAAAUGGAAGGCAAAAGAUGAAGGUUUUGAAUGCUGAUGAAGGGAAACGUGGGUCUAAUGCAUCACAGUAUGACAAUGUACCUGAAAAUGAAAAUGGAGCUUCUAUUGAAGAGGCACGAGAAAGGGCUUACUCUCAAAGUCCCAGGAAUAUUAUUUACUCUCACAGUCCAAGAAGGCAUGCUGAGCCAAGUUCUAGUCCAUCAAAAAUACCAAACAAGUUUACUUUUAGAGUGCAGCCUACAAGUUAUGCAAGACACCCAUCUCAGGUAGAGGGGGAAGAUCGAGGGACAAUGCACCCACCAUCUUACAGUAAUCCCCCAAUCUACCAUGGAAAUUCUCCAAAACAAGUCCCUACUACUAAUAGCAACUUCAUGCCUCCACAGUUUAGUCAUGGGACUCAGGUGAAUCCUUCCAGGAGACCUUAUGGUUCUACUCUUUCAGUUGAUGGUUCUCCAGAGAAAUCGUACAGCCGCCCAACUCCUCUUGUACUGCCAUCCAGUCGAAUAGAAGUUCUCCCUGUUGAUAUUGGUACUGGGGGAUAUUUGGGUAAUUCAGGGUCACCAAAGAAUGGAAAAUUAAUUGUCCCUCCAGUGGAUUAUUUGCCAGAUAGCAGAAAAUGGUCAGAAGUUGGUUAUACAUAUAGACCUGAGGUGCAUGGACAAUCGUGGACUCAAGAUGCUAACCAUGGCCACUUAAGCAGUUUACCAAAAUAUUCAGCCUUCCAGCACGUGCCCUUUCAGGACCACAACCUCCCCGCAGUUUCUGUGGACAGUCCAGUGCGGUAUAGAACUUCACCAGCUCUAGAAGAUGCUAGUUCUUCUGGGUAUCAGUAUACAGGGCCAGCGCCUCCAACAUAUCACUACAGAAAUCGGGAUGGACUUUCUAUUCAAGAAUCAGUAUUGCUGUGAGAAUUUACCUAUACUGGCUAAAUAUAAGAGAGUAGCAACCAUAUGAAACUUACAUUGCUAUGUUUGUAAUUGCCAAAGCAGUAUUUUAUACUAUUGUAAACAACUCGCACAAUUCUAAUGUAUGUUAGUAAUAAGAAUAUAUGGAUGUGUUUUUUUUCCCCAUGUAGAUGCUGCUUAAGAUGAGCAUUUUAAAUUGCAUCAUCACUGAACCUGUUAGAAAGACUUUAACAUGGAGACAUAGCAAUAGCAUUUAGGGAUGCACGCACAGUAAUAAUUCAUUGUUGAAUUUCAUUUAUAUCUUUCUCUAAAACCUGACCUUUUUUUUUUUAACUCUAUUAGCCCAUUCUAUUUUGAAUAAUGUUACUGAGCACUGAAAACUGUGUAGAAUGAAUAUUUUUAAGAUUAUAUGUAGUGUAUGUGACUUUUAAGAAAUAUUAUAGGCAUCUAUGCAUACACAUUUGAACACAGAACUAAAGUAAUGUUAAAAAAACUACUUUUAAUCUAGAUCUGUGGAAUAAUUUAUUUUUCUUCACUUGUCUUUGGUCAAGUAUUUUUCCUUAUAUUUAAUCCAGAUCCUAAACUAACAAGUGUGUGCCCUGACUCAGUUCAACAUCUCACGGAAUGUCUAUUAUCCUCAUUCGAUUGCUGCAUUCUUUAAAUCUGAAAAAGUAGUCAUUGGAGGGAAAGGCUCACCUUUAAUGGUGCUUAAAAAUCAGGGCAGUUAAAGUAAGUUUAUGGCCAGCAGUGCAGCACUUAAUGUACACACACAGUGGUCAGAUUGGUGCCUCGGUGCCCUUUGUUCUGUUUUGGCUCUUGCAAAACUUAAGCAGGAUGUUCUUAACCAGAUGUGCAGAAAAUGCUGCCUCUCUGCUCCCAGUGGGUUCUACAUGUACUUACAAGGGGGGCAGCAGAAUAAACCCCUUUGGAAUUCAUUUGAAAGCAAGAUUAACACUUCUGCUCAUUAAGUUCCUGUAGAGCCUCCAGAUAUCAAGGGCCUGUGAUCAUUAUGUGAUCUUUUUUUGGCACUUUUUUUUAGGCAAUGUAGUGUCCAUAGGUAUUGCUACACUUAGGCCAUUAAAGUAUCAUGGUGUAAAUUAUAGUAUUUUUAAAAAUAUGGUGACUUCCAUACUUUCCAUGUUUGUUUUUGUUUUUUUUUUUCAGUGAAAAAUUUCAGGUUCAUGGUAAAAAAUUAGCAGUGUCUUUUAAAAA